AUGUUGUUUCUUUUAGUAUACUUGUGUCUAACUUUAUCCACUUUUCCAUUUCCGCCUGCACCAGCCUCUCCAGAUCCCAGUCGAAAGUACUUUUCAGUCCUCUCCCCCAUCAAGUCCUUCUAUGUAAUUAGCGAUCCAAGUCAGUAUCCAGCGGACUUACUGUCCUCUUAUGUGGCCUCUCUAUCGAGCGUUGCAGAGCAGUAUAAUACCUCAUUUGAUUCUAAGACACGCACCUGGAGUGAUCUAGGUGCGUUGACGAGCGCUUCCAAUCUUCAAAAGUAUAUAAACAGAGUGCUGGAAAUGGCCAUUGCCUAUCAGACAGAAGGCACAACCUUAUACCAGCAGGCUUUGGUGCGCGAAAAUAUCCUGACAGCGUUUUGUUACCUGUCUCAGUACUAUUCAUCAUCCACAACGUAUAGCUCAGACGAAUACGCCUGGAGUCUGGUUAUUCCCAAUAGUCUCAUUGAUCUCUUAAUUGUCUUGCACGAUAUUUACAACACCGCGAGUAGUACUGAGCACUAUUACUAUGUAAGCCUCCGUCUGAUUCUAGGGGGUCUAUUCACGGUUCCUGCUCAAUCCCAGCUAGUGCAGGAGUGCACAGGAGAUCCCACCAAAUGGUAUGAUGAUACCAGGUGCCCUGUGAGUGCCGUUCUCAUGGAGCUCUAUGCAGCGAAGAUUGUGAUUUUCAGCUCCUUAAUGGUCGGCGACCUCAGCUCCAUGACCAAAUACUACAACAGAGUGAGCGCACUUCUUGAAGCACGUGACCCUGACUACGACGUCGUCCCUCAACCUGUCCUCUAUGACGGGUUCCGCACUGAUGGCACCUUUAUUGAAUAUUAUUCUAGCGUGAUUUUUGGAUCCACCGGUCAAUCCCUGCUCUACCUGCUUUCCUGCAUCCUUGCCCCGGCCAAGCAGAUCGAGGAGGCUCUAUUUUCAAACAAGAGCCCGGGCGACGUUGUCAAGAUUACAUCCCAGGUCUCAACCAUUUUUCAAGAGGUUGCCACAUACUUCACUGGCACAAUCCUGCCCUUUGUGGCGAACUGUGGAUUUGUCGACUCCUUGUCUGGGGCAGAGGUGGCAUCAGGGGUUGACAAUCCGUACAAGCGCCUAGGCAAUAUAUUCAUUGGAUUGUUUCAGAUUGUCUCCGUCGCCAACUCCAGUGGAUACAGCCUCCAUGCAUCCUACGAGCGCAUCUACAAGCACUGCAACUACUUCAUACUCAACUGCCCACAACUUAAGACUCAUCUGAUUUCUCACCUAAACUUUCCUACUCUCGGGCUGUGGAACAAGGUCACGGGGGUCUUUCUAUCUUCUCCCACGUACCCUGGCGAACUCAUGGUUGGGCACUAUCCGCUCAUUCACGGAGACCACUAUGCCUACCAGGCAAGGCAUUUCUCCCUGAUAAUCGCCAUGAACUCGUAUCGUACGCGGAACUUUCAGUGCAUCAAUGAUCUCAACAAGCUCGGGUUCUAUCAGGCGGCAGGGGCAGUCUUUCCCUUUGUCAGAGACCACCCGAAGCAAUACGAGGACUAUGUUCUGCUGGCAUCAUCGCAUGAUUAUGCAGGCAUUAUAUAUGACUCGGGUUAUCUGCCAGAUUGCUCAUCUCAAUCUCAUCUCUAUGGAACACUUUCACCUGGACGCUUUGUCUCUAGCAUAACAGAUGGCACGCAUGGGAGCGCAACGAUGGAUUACUAUAAUGCCCGCUCCAAUACCAUCCGUUAUAAGACCAUUUACCUCAUGGAGUCUCUCAGAGAAGGGCUCCAUGUGGCUCAGUUGACCUCCACCACGACGAGCUCUAUUACUCUAAUGGCAAAUCUGGCUACUAUUCCAUUUGGUGAGCGAGAUACGACAGAAGUGUAUAUUGAUGGAACUAAACAAACCAUCACUGGGACCUAUCAGUUCACAGGACCAAGGAGGAUUCUUUUCAAGGUAGUUCCAUAUACUGGCAAUGCAUACGCUGCAGCUCUUAUUCUUCCCACAGGUUUGAAUGGAGUUAUUAAAAAUGUGACAGUGCUGCGAGCAUACUCUGAGCUUGGUGGCACUUCCGCUAGUCAGGAAACGCUACGCGCCCUCAUUGUCACAACAACCUUACAAAGGGCUUCACCCUCUCCAGGCAGCGGCCAGUGGCAGCCUUUUCAGUCCCUUGUGUAUUCCUACUAUCCCUAUCUUCCUAUAGAUACUACAGACGAUCAGCUUAAUGGUUUUAUGAAUAGCUACACUCUAUCCUUUGGUGGUGGCUCUCAAGCUGAGCACACAGUCGACGACAAUACUGGAAUGCUUUCCUACACACAAGGAAACAAUAGGAUCAUCGCCCUCAAUUUCUAUAGUGCCGGCACAGCAACACUCUAUGGCUCAACUACUAUCCAGUCUAGUGUCAUCUCACAAGUGCUCUUUGUGCAGGCUCCAGGAAAGUACACUAUCACCGUCAGAAAUCCUGUGUCUUCCACAGCUACCGAAAUCAGACUAGAACUUAACGGCCUUGCAGACAUGGCGAGCGUUCAGCACUGGUGCACCACCGGGGGAUCUACGGGAGCAAACAAUCUGUACGUUGUGGCACGCCUUAGCAGAAUAGCCACGUGUCAAAUAGUUGUCACGCGUGGUGCGUCUCCUGCGCCUCUGCCCUCCAACAUUCCUCCUUCCACAGGUCGCCCGCCGUAUGUGCCACCUUCUGAACCGUUAGAUGACCUGUUGUAUGACACAUCUACAGACGUGAUUAACAUAUCAAACAACACCGAAAGUACAAAGCGCAUCGAUUGGGUAGUAGUAGCCCCGAUCUCCAUUGCAGCUGUUCUUAUAGCGAUUUGUGCGGCAAUUGGGAUCUGGAAGUUUCUGUCUGUUCGGAAACGCAUUGUCAAUGUUAAAGAAGAGCUACAGUCGUUUAGGCCGAUCAACAUACCCGAUACCAUAACCCGUCCCGAUAGUCGGGCAUCGGACGCUAGCUUAAUACAGAGCUCUGUAUCUCCCGAGUACAACAUUAGCAAGAACUGUAUGACUAUUGAGGAUACAGUAAGAAUAUCUCAGAGAAUGAAGGGGUCCCAGAGCAGAGUGUUUAAGCAGUUCACCAAGAAGGCCUCUAAGGCACAACAACAGGAUGAAGGAGACAGUGAUGGGAUUGAGAACGACAGCGCCAGCGACAUACCGGUCCACUUUGCAGAGAGAAUCUUCGAUUGA